AUGAGUUCCGGAGCCCUCACCACCUCGGCCUUCUUCACCUGCGACCCGGCAGUCACAGUCACCGCCACCGCAACCACCAAUGUCUACACCACCGUGUACACGACAACGGCUCUCGCCGCCAACCCUUCCACGUCGUGGAUGGCCACUUACACAGUGACCGAAGUCUGCACUGGCCAGCCGUGGGAGUACGUGACCAAGGACAUCCCCCCUUGCUUCGCCCCCACCACCGUCUACUGUGAGCCCUGCGCCCAAAAGACCAUCCCCAUCAUCUGCCCCAUCCCGACGCCUACCGCCAACGUCGUUAUCAACGGCAACGCUCCUGGUGCCGGCGGUGCCCCCGGUGCGUCUGGCGCUCCCGGUGCGUCUGGCGCUCCCGGUGCCGGUGGUGCUCCCGGUGGAACUCUCGCUCAGUCUGGUGCUCCUGGUGCCCCUGGCGCAUCUGGUGCUCCCGGGACCGGCGGCUCUUCCGGUGGUGCUGGAGGUGCUGGUGGUGCUCCCGGUGCGUCUGGCGCUGGCGGCUCUGGUGGCGGUGCCUCUGGCUCAACCGCCACGGGUGGUGCUUCCGGCUCCAAGCCGUCCACAGUCCAGGUCGCCUCGGCACCGUCUCUCAAGCAGAGCCUCGGCCUCCUUUGCGGUAUCGCAAUGGCUGCCGGCCUUACCAUCUUUGCUUAA